GAUUGUCAACAUCCUCCUCCUCAUGACCUCUCCUUAUUGGUUCAUUCUGGAGGUAUAGAGGCGAUCUCUGUGGAUACACGUACUGUACCUACAGACAGACAGCUUACAAGGCGGUCGGCAUCUGAAUUUUGCUGGGGCCAACUAUACCACAUGUUGUCCCCUUGAAGCUCAUCCACCUCCUUCCACUCACAACCCAUCGUCUUCAUCGCCCAAAUUGGCUUGACACGGCGUCACAGCCAUCAGCAAGAGACAAUGGCUCCCACCAAACGGAGCGGCAAGCAGAAGCAAUCCGCAACACCCUCGCCCCCAUCCGGCAGCAAUGGCAACCCCCCGGCGCCCUUCAAGCGGCCCCCCGAAGUCCUGGAGCCCUUCAUCCGCGAGCUGUCCGAGAAGCACAUCUACAUCACCCACGUCGACGCCAAGCCCGCCGCCUUCAAGCGCAAGAUGUUCCUCGUGCCCGUGGCCAUGAACGUCGCCGUCGCGCUGCUCUUCGUCUGGCGCAUGUACGCCAUCCUGCCCUGGUACUGGGGGAUCCUCAUGUCCGGCUGGGGCCACCCCAACGAGACCACGUUCCCCUUUAGCGAGUCCUCCUGGUCCGAGCUGGCCUGGGAGGUCUGGAAGCGCGGCAUCGUCAUGUUUAUUGACUUCAUGCUCUUCGUCUUCGUCUGGCCCUGGCCCGUCGAGUUCACCAUGGCCACGGCCCACGGCAACCCCGUGCGCUGGCGCUGGAACGUCGGCUUCCGCGACAAGGAGAUUUACGUCCGCCGCAGCCGCGACUGGGACAGGAUGCUGCGCGACAUCUUCAAGGACAAAGACUCCCACAAGAUCCUGCUCGCCUACACCCAGCAGGCCACCAAGCCCAUGCUGCAGGAGCAGAAGACGGGCUACCUCCUCAUGAACGACAAGUGGGAUCUCGACUGGAACCUCAUGGUCCUGGCUCACAAGAUGGUCGACCGCAAGGAGGCCGCGCUCGACGCCUUUAGGAACGUCAUCCUCGUGUAUCACCAGGACUACGGCUGGAUGUGCCACGACCUCAAGCAGGGCAUCGCCGCCGAGGAGGACGAGAGGAGGAGGCAGGUCUUUGCCUUCCGGGACGCCCUCACGGCCUUGGGCAAGGAGAACCUGUUUUACCGCUGGAUCGAGAUUGUGCAGUUCGAGUCGACCCAGCCGGGAGGCUUUGGCCCGGAGAAGCAGGAGGCCGCGGCCAAGCAGAUACGCGAGCUCUUUGAAGCUGAAAACAUUGAUUUCGACCAACUGUGGAAGGACACGGUGGGCACGAAGGCAUGAGGGAUCGGUUGUCCCUGUGGGCAAGUGAGUAAGAAAGCAAAAUGGGAUACUCAGGGGGGUGCAAAGGAUUUAAUGGCAUGGAAGAAUAUGGGAAAAUGUUCAUGUAUGCUGAUUUUCAAACUGCCUACAACACAGAUAGCAGAUAGCUAGUACUGUAAGGUAGCUUUGAUCAAGAUUGACCGUAGAGAUUAU